UUUCAAAAUCUAUUCAAACCUUGUGAUAUUUAUCAUAUUUUUUCUCAGACAGAUUCAGGAUUUCAGGUUAUAUAUAACAGUUUGCAAAUAAAUUUUUUGAACUCAAUUUUUUGUUAAUGCAUAAUGUCUUGCAGCUGCGCAAUCACAGGUAAAAUAUCAAAAGUAACAUCAUCAUGGGGUGCUCACCUAAUAAGGACUUGGAACAUUGCAAGACAUCCUGUAAAUGCUAUCAAAAUAACUACUGCUUUAGUUCACUCUACCAGUGGACAACUCAAAGAUACUUCAAACUGGAAAACUUUAGGCCAGACAUCAUCAAACUCUUCAAAGUUUGAACGCACACAAGCACCUUUGACAAAAAAUAUAACUGCCGGGCAGCCUACUCCUUCUUCACAUCCACAUCUGCUGCAACAGAAUGAGGUGACAGUUGGGAUCUCUGUUGAAGAGUACAGAGAACGUAGAUCUCUUGUCAUAGAGCGGCUGAGACAACAAGAGGGCCUUCAUCAUGUGCUUCUGUUGCCUGCAACGUCCAGGCGUUACAUGAUUGAUAAAAUUCCCUACCUAUUUAGACAGGACACAGAUUUUCUGUGGUGCAGUGGCUGCCAGGAGACUGACUGUGUGCUGUUGGUCCACACACUGCCAUCAAGCAGUGGCAGUUCCAUGACACAUCGCACUGUGAUGUUCUGUCCACCCCAUGCUGCCUUACAGGAACUGUGGGAUGGUCCCCGUACUCGGCCAGAAAAUGCUCCUCACGUGUGGGGAGUGGACGAGGGCCUGCCCCUGAGUGAACUUAUUACAUACCUGACGGGGCUUGAGAAGAGCCUCAAUUCACCCACGCUGUGGUACCAACACCGAGAUCCUCCCAGUGACAGUACCCACCGCCUUCUGCAGCCGUGGCUGCUAGAGGGACGCUCUGCAGGGCUCGAGUCUCCUAAGCCACACCUGCAUGCUCUCAGACUCAGGAAGAGCCCUGCUGAGCAGCGGCUGAUGAAACGGGUCUGUAGACUGUCUGCGGACGCAAUGCAAGCCACAAUGGCGUGGACGCAACCAGGCGUGUCAGAGCACGAGCUGUUUGCCCGCGUGGACUUUGAGAGCCGCAUGCGGGGUGCCUGCCAUCUUGCCUACCCUCCUGUCGUGGCAGGGGGCCCCCGCGCCAACAUUAUACACUACAUCAGCAACAACCAAAUCAUCAAAGACGGCGAGAUGGUCUUGAUGGAUGCUGGUAGCGAGUAUCACGGCUACAGUGGAGACGUGUCUCGCACGUGGCCCGUCAAUGGGAAGUUCACUAGCGCUCAACGCGAGCUGUACGAGGCUGUGCUGCACGUGCAGAGUUCAGUGCUGGUUCUUCUACGGGACACGAGACCUUCUCUAGACGAGCUCUACAGGGAAAUGUGCAAGCAGCUCGCUGCCGUGCUCACCGAGCUCGCCAUUGUGCCAAAACAUCUCUCAAAUGAUGCUAAGAUUAAGACGGCGAUGGCUCUCUGCCCUCACCACGUGAGCCACUACCUGGGCAUGGACGUCCACGACACGCCCUGCGUAGCCCGGGGACACGCUGUGCUGCCCAAUUCCGUCAUCACUGUUGAGCCUGGUAUUUACAUCCCGGAAGGCAGCCCUCACGCACCAGCACGUUAUCACGGCAUCGGCAUUAGGAUAGAAGACAACGUUCUUGUUACCAGCACAGGCUACGAGCUGCUCACUGACGCAUGCGCUAGACAUCCCGACGACAUUGAGCGACUGAUGACAACUGCUGCUCUCAGCUCCCACGGCCCUGACUUGCAGGGAUAACUUUGCUGUCUCUACUUUAGGCAGAUGGUGCUACUUGUUUUAUAAAGUUAUUACCCUUUAUCUUUCGAAUUUUAACCUAUGGUAUUGAACAUUAAUGAAUGAAGCGGUUUGGAGAAAAUCUAUAGACGUUAAAGGAUAAAAUCUAAUUUUUUUGUCCUUUUUCGUGGUUAUUUCGUAAUUUGAAUAAACUUUGUUCUGCGCUAUCACUUUGAGGAACGGAUGCCCUUUGAAGGAGUUGGUUUCUAUGGCAGGGAGAAGUGACGAACCCUCCAUUCAUAAAUCCUAUUCCUUAUUUUAACAAUGAUUUUCUUAGAAUGAUUCUUUAUGAUGAAAUUAUUAUUUUCUUCAUAUCUAUUCGUUAUUUUUAUUUUGUUAAUUUUUUUGAGCAGAUAGAUUUUUACAUAGGUUAAUCCUUGUUGAAAGCUCAAGGCCUGUUGAGGUUCUGCGUCUUGUCCGUACUUGGUGUCUUUAAUUUUCAUUUCUAUACAUACUUCACAUUUCUAUAUUGUAUGCCACCAAAUUGUUUUCUCUGUAAAGUGAGUAAUAAAUUCAUAUUUGUUGAUAAAUUGUUUAUAAUUCUUCGCAUUUCUGCAUUACGAGGAAGAUUGUGGGUCGGAAUUUUGACUUGGCCUUGUCGUUAAGAAAGUUAUAUAUACAAGCUUGUUAUGCUUCCAGAGUGAAUGAAGCUCUUGCCACCAAUGAUACUGGACUAAUACCUGGUACUAGUUUUGUGUGAUGUGCACUUCAGACAUCUCACAACUGACUUCUUCCAGAGUGUCGGCAAUAACGAAGUGUCAUUAAAUCUGUUGAUCCCUUGACCUAAAAAGUUCAUUCUAUGCUGCCAGUUCCAGAGUUUAUUUGGCGCUUUGAGCCUUUGGAGUAAACUUGGGCAGAU